AAUAAAGAAAGAACUAAAGAAAGUGAAAUUGAGAAGAGAAAAAUAAAUAAUAAUAAUAAUAAUAAUAAUAAUAAUAAUAAUAAUAAUAAUAAUAAUAAUAAUAACAAUAAUAACAAUGACUCAACCACAAACAAUCAUCGUAAACAAUCUCAUCUCACCACAAGAAUCAAAGAAAACGGAGACCACAAGGGCAGACUCAACCACCAUCACCACCACCACUAACACAACGAUGAAGGACUCCCAUUACCUCAACUCCUUCAGGAUACUCCACGCCAAGGACACGGAGGAGGCUGUAGGAUCCCUGGAAGUCAUACCAACCAGUGACGUGAUGCUAGUGAAUGGAACUGGAAAUUUUAUCCUGAACAUGACGAGACUUGGAAACGAGAGUGAUUAUGAAUAUGAGAACAGAGGAGGAGGAGGAGGAGAAGGAGGAGGGGGAGAAGGUGAUAAGGGAGGAGGAGAGAGUGAGAUCCCCCUAGAAAUGGUGUUCAACUCUUCCCAUGUCAUCACCAUCACUGCCUAUUCCUGUCUCUUUGUGCUCUCCGCUUUGGGAAAUGUGUCUGUUUUGAAGUCCAUCGCUGGACACAGAUGGCGGACCACCACCUCGCGGGUCACACUUAUGAUCCUACACCUGACCAUCGCUGACCUGCUCGUGACCUUCCUCCUCAUGCCCCUAGAGAUCGGGUGGGCGUGGACAGUGUCGUGGGAGGCGGGUGACCUAGCUUGCCGAGUGCUGGCUUUCUUCAGGACCUUUGGCGUGUUUCUCAGCGGGUUCCUUCUCAUCGUCAUUAGUAUAGACAGGUAUCAUGCUGUCCUCCGCCCCCUCACCGUCAUGGAAGCACAGAGGCGGGUCAGAAUAAUGUUAUGGUGCGCGUGGGUCGCCUCUGCCGUGUGCUCUCUGCCGCAGGCCCUCAUCUUCCACGUGGAGACACACCCGCAGCACCAGUGGUUCAGCCAGUGCGUCACGUUCAACAGCUUCGCCACGCCCACGCAAGAACUCCUGUACAACCUGUCCGGCUUCCUCGCCAUGUACGCCUUCCCCCUCGCUACCAUCAUCUUCUGCUACGGCUCCAUCGUCAUCGCCCUCUACAGGAAGGAUGUAACAUCAAGAGGAGAACCCCGAGGAGGAGGAGGAGGAGGAGGAGGAGGAGGAGGAGGAGGAGGAGGAGGUGGGGGGGUGUCGCUGGGGAGGGCCAAGACCCGGACCCUCACCAUGACCCUCACAAUCGUCACUGUAUUCUUUUUCUGCUGGACACCAUACAACGUCAUGAGCCUAUGGUACUUCAUCGACAGGGGCAGCGCGCAGACUGUAGACCCGCGCAUCCAGGCCGCUCUCUUCAUCUUCGCGGUGGCCAACUCGACGGUGAACCCGCUCGUGUACGGCUACUUCAAUGUGUGCCGCGCCGCCCGAACACCCUCAAUGCAGCGGCAGGACUGGCGUAUGAAGAGAGUCGUGUACAAGCCGCCCUUCCGCCGUCAUCUCCCGGACUGCAUGUGUAACGCAACGCAGAGCUCCUCCAGCGACCUUCCGCACCACCAGCAUCAUCUCCACCACCUCCACCACCACCGCCACCUCCACCACCACCUCCACCACCCCCGCUACGGUCCCCCAACCCUCCCGCCCCUGCCCAACCCCUACCGAGACCCGGAGGUGGAGUGAAGAGGAGGAGGAGG